AUGAAUGCAAAAGAUACUGAAGGAAAGCACAACUCUGAUCAGCCGGCCCAAAGAAACUACCAUGCCAGUACGUUGGUUAAAAACUGUAAUGAGGCGCUUAAGCGCUGGGUGGAGAGCGAGCACGCGAUGGGCACAAUUCUGGACAGUGUUGGGGAGAUGACAGAGCGGGAUCGGUGGACCGUUUUCAGGAUGGCGUGCAUUGGAUUGGCCGUCAUGUUAGUUGCUCGACCCACCGCCUACCCGACUUCGCUUUUGCUGUGUACUCUGUACCCUCUUCAUCAGACGCAGCGUGCUGUGACCGUAUUCAUGAUCUACUUGUACCUGCCGCCGUUCAGAGGUGCUCGAAAGCUGUUCGAGCAGUGGAUAAACCCUGUGCGAACGAUCAUUUCUGGCGAGCUGGACAAAGGAGUGAUCGUCGGCGCCCACCCCUUGCUCCUGAAGACGCUGCACAUUGACAAACAGUUGCUAGAACGGACAAAUGUGACGACUCUCGUGAGCAUUUUCCGUCAUCCGGCCAUUCAAAAAUUCAUCAGUUGCUUUCUGCCAUUGGUGACAAGUGCAGUGGCAUCCGCUGGGGCUCGUUCUUCCCCGGACUCACGUUCCCCAUCUGAUCAGACGGCAGAGGAAGAUGCCACACCGCGGAGCAGCGUCGGCACGUCUGACGCUCCGCUCGCGUCCCAAAGUCGUGGCGGGUUCGCCACUGAUGUUAAAGACACUGAAGCCUCAGAGAAAAGUGAAGGAAGCACGUCGACUUCCAGUUCUUCCUCAUCGCCAACGAAUGAUAUAGAAUAUUUGUUGGAUGUUUUUAAAACCUUCUCGAGAAUGUUAAAAAAUCCCUCUGACCAUGCUCGUUCGUUGGACGCUGACUCUAAGUGA